AUGAAGAACUACGUCGAGGCGAAUAUAUCGCACAAGUCGCACACCACUGUCAAGUACACGAUGAAAAUGCUGUCGAGCAGUUCGGAGACCAUCAUAUUUAUGUUCCUCGGGGUCGCCACGGUGAACAACCAUCACGACUGGAACACGUGGUUCGUCGUCAUGACCAUCGUGUUCUGCUCGAUUUAUCGAAUCGUCGGCGUGAUCUUCCUGACAGCCUUGGCUAAUCAAUUCCGACUGCAUAAGCUGAACAAGGUGGAGAAGUUCGUGAUGUCGUACGGUGGCUUACGAGGCGCUGUAGCGUUUGCUCUGGUCCUGUUGAUCGACCCGAGGCACGUGUCCUUGCAGCCGAUGUUCGUCACCACCACGAUCGCGGUCAUCUAUUUCACGGUGUUCAUACAGGGAAUCACGAUCAAGCCGCUGGUAAAGAUCCUGAACGUGAAGCGUGCCGAAAGGAAGAAGCCUACCAUGAACGAGAGGAUCCACGAAAGG